AUGGGCUUCUACAAAUUCUCCUAUCUCCCAGCAGAACUGCGAAUACAAAUCUGGGAGGACAGUCUUCCGCAGAAAUUUGGCCGUCCUAUCUACCGGUGGAAAAAGGGGUGUUGGCAGUUGAGCCCCUGCGACCCAACCACCGGGGCUGGGCAGCCUAAGCUCGAGUUCUGCCACACGCUCUUGCAGAACGUACAAAUGGACCUCCCACAGGUCUUUGUGAAUCGGGAGGCGCGGGCCAUUGCCUUGAGAUGGCUCCAGCGCCAAGGAGCAACGAUUACAGUCGAUCCAGCGCAGCAAUCCUUGACGGCAGCACGGGUGUUUGACCCCAUGCACGAUGCGCUGUACAUCUCCUCAGGCGCAUCCGAGGAUUACCUUCAUUUCAUCCUCGAGCCGUUCGAGCGACUGGAGGAGCUGGAGGGACAAUCCGUCACCACCAUACCGCCGGCCGUCCGACAGAUCGCGCUGGCCAGAGAGCUGUUCGUCAACUGCGCCGGCCUAUUCCACGACAUUUUCCGGCAUUUCCGGCACAUCCAAACGGUCUACGUGAUCGAAGACGUACCGCCGGAUCUGGAACAGCCGAUGGAGGAUACGCUUCAGGACUGGUGGGAACUCGAACGUACCACUGGCGUGCGCAUUUCGUGGGACUUUACUCGGGACCGAUUCACGCGACCCCUGAGCGAUGCAGCCGAUGACCAACGACUGUGGGCACUGCUCAACCGGGCCAGCGUAGGGCUACGCCGGCAGUUCCCACCGGAAUUGCGGGCUGUUUUUGAGGUGUAUCCCGUUGUCGCUGUGCACAGAUGA